ACUGCUCGAUGCUUAUCCUAUAGGACUAUAGAUCGUUAUCAAGCAUGAUGUCAGCAUCCACAGCAUUUCAUUGUCUGACCACUGCUGGGGAGAAGAAGUCUGUGCCAUAGAAGUCUCCCCAAAAUGCCGCCAGGGGAUUGACUUUUUCCUUAGAGAGGAAUGAGCUAAGCUGGAGGCCUCACUCCUGGCACGCCACCAAGUUCUCUGAUAACCACCCCGAGAUGUCGGCCUCUCAGUUCUCCUCCGCCAGCAUCUGCCCAUCUUGGCACAGCCGGCACCACACAAGCUCCUCCUCCCAGGACCUGUCGGGCGUGUGGGAGCAGACGAAUCUGCAGCGCACCUCUGACCACUUCAGCUCUCUGGGCAGCGUGGACAGCCUGGACCACCCCUCCCAGCCCUACCCAUCCGGACGCCUCUCGGCCGCCAAGUCCAAUAGCAGCAUUGACCACCUGGGCGGCCCAAACAAGCGGGACUCAGCAUAUGGCUCGUUUUCCACCAGCUCCAGCACGCCUGACCACACCUUGCCCAAGGCCGACGCCUCGUCCACGGAGAACAUCCUCUACAAAGUGGGCCUGUGGGAGGCCUCCCGGCCAGGCGGCAACCGGCAGGACCCCCAGGGCCUGGAGGACAGGUUCGGGUAUUUCCCACCCCGGGUCCCCUGUGACAGCAGCAGAAGCCCCAGGCCGGAGGACGGGCCUGAGCCCAAGCUGGCCGCCACUUCUGGGAGGUCCAAUUUUGGGCCUGUCUGGUAUGUUCCCGACAAGAAAAAAGCACCUUCUUCCCCUCCCCCACCCCCUCCCCCUCUCCGAAGUGAUAGCUUCGCUGCCACCAAGAGUCACGAGAAGGCCCAGGGCCCUCCAUUCUCAGAGGUGGCCACCACACAGCACUUUCCGGGCCUGACCCGGGCUCAGCCCCGUGUCGACUGGAGGCCAGAACCCACCGACCAGCCGCGGAGGCUGGUGCGCCCCAGCGAUAGGAGGCCCGGGAGCUCUGGCUGUGCAGCGGAUGUCCACUUGGAUUGUGGGUGGGUCCACCCCGGGGCCCCCAGCCGACUCCAGGCCUCUCUGUCCAGCACAGACGUACGUUUCCUGCCAUCUUCCUACGGGUGCCGGCACCUGCGCCAGUGCAGUGACGAGAGUCCCUUCUUCCAUGAGGGCCCUAGGGCUGCUCCGUUGCCCAGGGAGCAGCCGCAAGGGGCUGUGGGCCGGCCGGAGCGUCCCGCCCCCCGCUUCCAGGACGACGGCCCUCCUCAGGCCAGGUGGCCCAGUGCUGCUGACCAGAAGGGGGACAGCGGUGGGCAGAGCCACUACUACUGUGUGACCACAAGGCAGGGUCUUCAGGGGAGUGCACAGACGGCCCAGCUCCAUGAGGACGACUGGCAUUGUGACACGCCUCUGGGUGCCCACGAGUGUCCUGCCACACUCUCAGCAGGCCAGAAAACCCACUGCCACCUCCGUCAGCAUGAGGAGGCCCUGUACGCCCAGGAUGGGGAGAGGGGUAGCACAGGGGACAGAGGAGCCGGGGGCCGCUCCCCGGGAAUCGAGGAGCCGCAGAGAGCGAGCCAUGGUGACAGGACCAGUGUGAAGAAAGUUGCUGAUGUCUUCAAGUGGGCCGAUGGAGACAGCAGCAAGAUCUCUGCUCUCAAGACGCCCAUGUUGCACUCGCUGACCCAGGAAGGGAAGUGCCGGCCCGCGGACGGCCAGGAGGGCAGCGCAGAGAGGCCACCACCCUUCGAUGCCCAGGUGGGAAAACCCACACGGAGGAGUGACCGGUUCGCCACCACCCUGAGGAAUGAGAUCCAGCUGCGGCGAGCCAAGCUGCAGAAAAGCAAAAGCACGGUGACACUGGCUGGACCCGAUGAGCCGGAGGGAGAGGCUGGCAGCUGGAGGGCAGCCCUGGUGGGGGCUGCCCCAGAAACUGCUUUCCCAGGCACCUAUAAGGACCACCUGAAGGAGGCCCAAGCCCGCGUCCUGAGGGCCACGUCGUUUAAGCGUCGUGACUUGGACCCCAGCCCCGCUGACUGUUAUACAGGGUCAGCAGAACCCAGGGCCGGGGACCGCCGUGAAGACCCUGACGCUACCUCCCGCUUUUGGGAGGCGGGCCCGGCCAGGCUGCCCUCGUCCGGAGGUGGCGUGUCACAUGUUAUCCGCAUCGGGGGCCGGAAACGUUUCACGGCGGAGCAGAAACUGAAGUCGUACUCUGAACCGGAGAAGAUGAACGAGGUUGGGCUCUCAGGGAGUCACCGCUCCCGCCCACACCCCGAGGAGACCGUGGGGACAUUUGCUGACAGGUGGAAGUUUUUUGAAGAAACCAGUAGGCCUGUCUCCCAGAGGCCCAGGCCUCGGCAAGCGCUCCCUGGAGUCCCAAAGGAGAAGCUGGAGACGGCACGGACUGCGGGCCACGGGGGCGACGGGACUGAGCCUUGGUUCCAGGAGAGGACCCGCACCACCUCUUUUGGAGAAAACGCUGGUGGUCCCAGGAAAGCAGGAAAGGCAGGGAAGUCCGAACCAUUGCACAGGCUUGGGACCUUUGCAGAAUAUCAAGCCUCUUGGAGGAAGCAGAGGAAAGCCUCGGAAGCCAGGGGCUCUGGGAGGUAUCACUCGGCUGACGAUAUCCUGGAUGUGGGCCUGGACCAGCAUGAGAGGCCGCAGUACGUUCAUGAGAGGUCCCGGUCGUCACCAUCCACAGACCUCUACAAACAGGAAGCUCCCAUCGAAUCCCGGCGACAAUCAGAGGACCCUGGUGAGCACAGAGAACUUCCCUCCAUACUCCGGGCCAAGGAGGGACGUCCCACCCCGAGACAAGCUGAUGCCCAGUGUCCAGAAGGCAGGCCAGGUGCCCAGCGGGACCCACGGAGCCCGUCCCAGGUCUCUGAGCAGCCUCACGCCCAGGAAGCUCCAGCGGGGCCCCGGGAGGGCCGUAGCCGAGCAGGGACUCUACCUCGCGAUUACAGGUACUCAGAGGACCACACGCCCGCAGACCCACCGCUACCACCACCCGUCCCGGGACCUCAAGCACAGAGCAGUCUCUCGGCCCCGCACGCCCGGGGGCAGGACCCACGGCCCGUGAACGCUGCGCCGCUCGCCAAGAGACCAGCCCCACAGAGGCCACCGCCGCCCAAGCGGGAGCCCAGGCCUUUCAGGGGCCCCACCGGCACUGCACCUGCGGGCGCACCUGCGGCCAAUCACCUGGCCUCGCCUGGCAGGCCGCUCCCAUCACCGUCCCCUGCAGCCCUGGAGGUGUGCGUGGACCGCCUGUCCCUCUCCCGCAGCCCCUGUGCCUCGGUGGACAAGCUCAGCGGUGUCCAGCCUGCAAACGGCCCGCAGGCCCCCGGGCAGCACGACCGGCAGCAAGUAGAUGAGCACACGGCCUGUCCUAAGCGGGAAGCUCUGCUCCCUUCCAGGUUCCGGGCCCUGCAGACGUCCGCCAUGGAGACGUCUCGCUCUCCUUCACCUCAGUUUGCCCCUCAGAAGCUGACCGACAAACCCCCGCUGCUCAUUCAGGACGAGAGUUCAACAAGAAUCGAGCGGGUGAUUGACAGCAACACCACUGUGAAGAUGGUGCCCAUCAAGAUUGUGCACUCAGAGAGCCAGCCGGAGAAGGACAGCCGCCAGGGCCUGGCCCACGCUGCCGAGCUGCCCGCGCUGCCCAGCGGGCUGGAGAGAGACCAGAUCAAGACGCUGAGCACAUCGGAGCAGUCCUACUCGCGUUUCUGCCUGUACAGCCGCCCGGGCGCCGAGCCCGAGCCCCGGGCCCAGCCUCCCGCCGCCAGCGACGGCCGGGCCUCUCCGCCUGCCCUCAGCUACGUGAAGGCUCGAGAGAGGACGGCCGAAGACGUGAAGUCGGAGGAGCUGGCCCGGGAGAUCGUGGGGAAGGAUAAGUCCCUGGCCGAGAUCCUGGACCCCAGCGUGAAGAUCAGAACCACCAUGGACCUGAUGGAGGGCAUUUUCCCCAAGGACGAGCACCUCUUGGAAGAAGCUCAGCAGCGCAGGAAGCUGCUCCCCAAAAUCCCCUCUCCCAGAACCAUGGAGGAGAAGAAAGAGGAGCCGAGCGUGCCGGCGGCUGUGUCCCUGGCCACCAGUUCCACAUACUACAGCACGUCGGCCCCCAAGGCGGAGCUGCUGAUUAAGAUGAAGGGUCUGCAGGAGCGGCAGCAGCCCGAGGAGGAUUCAGGGAGCGACUUGGACCACGACCUGUCUGUGAAGAAGCAGGAGCUCAUCGAGAGCAUCGGGCGCAAGCUGCACGUGCUUCGGGGAGCCCGGGAGAGCCUGCUGGAGGACAUUCAGGCCAACAGUGCUCUUGGGGACGAGGUGGAGGCCAUCGCUAAAGACGUCUGCAAACCCAACGAGUUUGACAAGUUCCGGAUGUUUAUCGGGGACCUGGACAAAGUGGUGAACCUCCUGUUGUCGCUGUCGGGUCGCCUGGCCCGGGUGGAGAACGCCCUCAAUAAUUUGGAUGAUAGCACUUCCCCUGGGGAUCGGCAGUCACUGCUCGAGAAGCAGCGGGUCCUCGUCCAGCAGCAUGAAGAUGCCAAGGAACUCAAAGAUAACCUGGACCGCCGGGAACGCGUCGUGUUCGACAUCCUGGCCAGCUAUCUCAGCGACGAGAGCCUAGCAGAUUAUGAGCACUUUGUGAAGAUGAAGUCAGCCCUUAUCAUCGAGCAGCGGGAGCUGGAGGAUAAGAUACACCUGGGCGAAGAGCAGCUGAAGUGCUUGCUGGACAGCCUUCAGCCCGAGAGGGGCAAAUAGGAGGCCCAUCCCCAGCGGGGCGCGCACGGAGCCCGGACCUCCGAGCCCCAUCCCCCAGGGUGCAGGUGGAAACCCCAGCCUGUAUUGAUGUCCUCUGGUGAGACUUCGCCCCUAGCGAAAUGGCUGUCACAAAAGCAAUAACUCUCGUGUUUAUUUGGGAUGGUUUAUUUAAUUGUCUAGUUUCUCUUUUGAAUGCUGAGCAGAGUGACUCACGGUUAGCCAUUUUCCUUUACAAGCGACAGCACAGGCCACUCGGCUCUGGUGGACGGCGAGUUUCUGCAGUGUAGACCGUGGGCUUCCGUCCCGUAGUGCAUGCAAGGGGUGGUUGGCAGUGGCCGCCCGCCAUUCCUCCCGUCUUCAGAUGCCAAACCAACCACUCAGGAAGCAGCCGAGUGAGUCUUUAAGGGGCACGAGACGGGAAACCCCGGCGCACAUCAUCUCCUGUGAUCCAUCCGAGGCAUGAGUUGCCUGCCAUGUUCUCUCCGUGUCCGUCCAAUGGUGUUGAUCGUUCACUGUCUCUGUGUCAUAUAAUGAUGUUCUCUGACCCAGCAAAAACCAUGAUGAUGAUAAUUUAUUAACAUUUCGGAGAGAGGAAUAGCUUCCACGUGGUUAAAAAACCAACUGUGAAAUGAAUAACCUAUGCGUUGGGUUCACGCAUUCUAAAAUGGCCACUUACAUUGUGUGCAUCCUUGAGAACACACCCACAAAGCACAUAAGCUUUAGUACGUCUCACCUGACAGCACGACCCAAAUGUUUUCCUGCGACGUAAAAUGACUUGGCUCAAAGUUGUGUCCAGUAGUGAUGUGCUUGUUAGAUGUUUGUUUCUUGACACCAACCAACAGCAUACUUCUUAAAUUACUUUUUCCCCCAGAAUAUUUGUUUUGUGUGUGUAGGAUCAUUAAUGAGCAUUGGCUACUUUUCCAUUUUCGCCUCUUUAAAUCUGUCACCACGACGUGAGGGCCACGUUCCAUGUAUUAUAGGAACCUUUCCUCUGGUUUUUCAGAGUUGCCGUGGACUAUACAGUGUUGCUGCCACCGAGUGUACUCUGCCCUUUUUCUUGGUUGAAAUUGCAAGGUUCUAAAGAGGGUCUAUUCACUUAAAAACAAAACACUGUCUGUCAUGCUGGCGAUUUCCAGUUGACAAGUUGCAGACUGGGAGAAAAUGUUUGCCAAUCUUAUAUGUGACAAAGGAAUUGUGUCCAGAAUACAUAACUCUGAAAACUCAACUGUAAGAAAACAAACAGCCCAAUAAAAAUGUGGGCAAAAGAAUUCACCAAAGAGGAUGAGAUAGGGAUGGGAGAUAAGCAUAGGAGAAAGAUGGCCAACUACCAGUGGCUUGAUUAUAACGUACGUACUUUUACCUAAAUCAUCGUAGGCACAUUUCUUCACAGAUGCUUGUCUGCUUACAUGCGUGAUUAACAGUGGGAGAACCCCUCGGAUGAGUUCAUGUCAAGGUAGUAUGUGGACAUUUGUUUGAUGGAGGGAUCCGUUUAAUCCUUGUUUCUCCUCAUUCCCAUAAAAAGUUUCCAACAGGUGGGGAGACGUCUCUUUGUCAGCAGUGACUGCUGCCUUAGCAAAACACACACACACACACACACACACACACACACACACACACACACACACACAAAUGUCUUAAGGACCGUUGUCCUCGCUUCAUGAGCCAGACUCCUGGGCCACUGUCUUGACAUCAACGUGCCCUUAGAGGGGUCGAAACAGGCAUACCUCAGCAAUGCAGGCCAGAAACACUCUUUUUGGCAACCUACCCACGCCAGAAAGAGAAAGGCCUUUUUAGACGUUUUCAUGCCUGUUAAGUUAAGCUAUAUCUGACUUGAAACACCUGCCAAUGAAGUGCCCUCCUCCGUUCCACCUGGUGUAGUCACUCACUGUGAAAACGGGUCACAUCCGAAAAGGUUGAGCUGGCUGUCCAUGGACCUCCAUCUUUCUCCUCCGGGGAGACAACCACACUGAUUUCAGGGUGUUUGGUUUUUAAUUUAGGCAAAGCUUUUCUCUGUGAUUCUUUCCCCUCUGAUGCAGUAUUGUGAUCGUUUAUGAUGAUACGUGUGUAAAAUGUGAAUAAUAGAAUUUGUGUGUCUGUAUCCAGCCUUUUGAUGUCUUUUGAGGACUUUCGUAUACAUAGCAAUAUAGAUGCUAUCACCCUUUGAGCAAAGCACCUGUGAUCACAGUGGUCCCGCCCACCCCCCUGGCUGCCUCUGACAUGUCUGGUUAGCAGGGACCCAAAGAUUUCAGUGAGUCAUUGUACAUAACGUUGUAUAUAGUUAUCUUAUUGCAUAUAAAAACAAUCUGGUGCUAAUGUUUCGCCCUUGACAUCCGUAGGUGGUGGCUGAUUCCUCACUCUCUGUCAUAGCUCAGCCGUGGAACGUUCUGUAUAGUGAGUUUUCAGUCAGGGCCAUUGCCUGUGGCUUGUAUCCUGCAGUUCACUGUGGAAAAAUGUGUACAGAUUUCAUGCCCGACACUUAACCACUUACCUCCCAACAGAUCACCCUGCUUGACAUUAACAAAAUAAAUAGUGUCUUUGAGUGAA